CGCACCUCGUGCCUUCUCACCGACAGCAUCGUGCCUCCCGGCAAGACGCGGACGCCAUGUCGCAAGCUGUCUGCCGCAAAGCCGCAGGCCAGAGCCUUUCCAGUCUCGUACUCCUCGUUCAACAACAAGCGCAACAACAAUGCAGCGCUUCAACCUCCAUGGCCGCAAGGCGCGCCUGCACCGCGCUGUUCAGCACAACAUCCUUCCAACCAUGGACAUCCUCCGGGCAGCUGCCACUGCCAUUUCCCCUGCCUCAGCAGCCGCAGUCACACCUUUACGAUCUUUGGGGGCGUCGCAGCUUCGUCUCUUCCGCCAGUAACGUUUUAUCACCCUCACUGGACAAAAACGCGGCAGCCAACUUAACCGCCAUGCAGGCCCUGCUACAGCAAAUGGGAACCCUACACGAGGCUAUCCGCGGGUCUGGGGGCCCCACGGCCAUCCACCGUCACCGCUCUCGUGGCAAGUUGCUUCCCCGGGAGAGGAUCGACGCCAUUCUGGACGAGGGCUCGCCCUUCCUGGAGUUAUCACCCCUGGCGGGCCGCGGCUUGUACGGCCAUGAGGAAGUGCCGUGUGGCGGCAUUGUGACGGGAAUCGGCAAGGUGCACGGCCGGCUGGUGGCCAUCGCGGCCAAUGACGCCACCGUCAAGGGCGGCACCUACUACCCCAUCACAGUCAAGAAGCACCUGCGGCUGCAGGAGGUUGCCGCCCAGUGCCGACUGCCGUGUGUCUACCUGGUGGACUCGGGGGGAGCCAACUUGCCGCGGCAGUCUGAGGUCUUCCCCGACAGAGACCACUUCGGGCGCAUCUUCUACAACCAGGCGCGGAUGUCCGCUGCGGGCAUUCCCCAAAUCGCCGUGGUCCUAGGCUCCUGCACCGCGGGGGGCGCCUACGUGCCCGCCAUGGCUGACGAGUGUGUCAUAGUGCGGGGCAACGGCACCAUCUUCCUGGGCGGCCCGCCGCUGGUGAAGGCCGCCACCGGGGAGGACGUCACGGCAGAGGAGCUGGGUGGGGCGGACCUGCAUUGCGGCACGUCAGGUGUUACCGACCACUAUGCCCAGGACGAACCUCACGCACUCGCCAUAGCUCGGGACAUCAUCGCCACGCUACCAGUUCCCUCCUCCUCCUCCGCCACCUCGGCGCCCUGGCACGAGCCGCUGUAUCCGGUCGAGGACCUCAGAGCGGUGGUACCUGCGGAUCCGCGGCGCUCCUUCGACGUCCGCUCCGUGUUGAGCCGGCUGCUGGACGGCAGCAGGCUGGACGAGUUCAAGGCCAAUUUCGGGGACACGCUGGUUACAGGCUUCGGCAGCAUCUACGGCCAGGCCGUGGGCGUGGUGGCCAACAACGGAGUGCUGUUCAGCUCCGCAGCGCAGAAGGGGGCCCACUUCAUUCAGCUGUGUGCGCAGAGGGGGCUGCCGCUGCUGUUCCUGCAGAACAUCACUGGCUUCAUGGUGGGUCGCCAAGCCGAGGCGGGAGGUAUCGCCAAAGACGGCGCCAAGAUGGUUCGGGCGGUGGCGAAUGCGGAGGUCCCUAAGGUGACAGUGGUGAUUGGCGGCAGCUUCGGUGCCGGCAACUACGGCAUGUGCGGCAGGGCCUACAGCCCCCACUUCAUGUACAUGUGGCCCAACGCCCGCAUUGGCGUCAUGGGAGGGGAGCAGGCAGCGGGGGUGCUGGCACAGGUGGAGUCUGAGAAGCACCGUCGCUCGGGUAAGACCUGGCCGGCGGAGGAGGAGGCUCGCUUCCGGGCGAACAUGACGGGGCUGUACGACCAGCAAGCCCGACCUGAAUACGCGGGCGCCCGACUGUGGGACGACGGCUGCAUUGAUCCAGCCGACACACGGCGUGUAGUGGGGCUGAGUCUGGCAGCCGCGACGUUCAACCUGCCCAGGAUCAGCAAGGAGAGCCGCUUCGGGCCGUUCCGCUUCUGAAGGGUGCGCAUCACCUUGUGGCGCCUUCUCCCAAUCGUCGGCAGCCGUACGUUUGAAAUUGGCAUGUAUUUCCCCCCUGUCUGGCUGCACGGAGUAUUCGUUGAAUGAGGCGUGGCGUACAGUCGUGGUGUUUGCUGAUGUACGUUGUACGGGCAUGAUGUACACUUAUUUUGCGUGUGCAUAACGAACGCCUAUCCUGAACGGUAGCCUGGGGCUAGGUGUGGCCCUUAAUGCCAAGGUGUUGUCCAGGCUACGGAACGGCGAGUGUCUGUGGCUUACAGAAUACGGCAAUUUUAACGUGUGCGCUGACGGCGGCCUGCUGGCCAUAAGCUAAGCGUGCCACGUGUGGGGUGUGGUUUGCCCUGAUAUGCAUGGUUGUAUAUGAAUGUCACGUUUUGCCGAUGUCAAACACACGAGCGGUAGUAGAAAUUGCAUUUGCUUCUGCUUUGUUGAGUUGUUCAGCGGAGCUUUCGCGAGCUUGGAAAGCACUGCGACCCUGGCGGAGAUUCGUGUACGUCUUCUAAGACAACCCCCCAUCUGCGGUAGCGGCUUUGUAACGCCAAUGUAGGG